AUAAUCUAACGUGAAAACCUUCUGAAUGCACUAAUCCUCUUGGCCGAUUACAACCUGGGGAUUCCUUAUGAACUGAGUUUGAAUUGUAGAAAUGAAUGUGUACAUCCGGGGCCGUUGUUUCAACGACGAAGAGGUUUCUUCUUGUUUAUAGAAGAUCUUUGAUGUUUUGGCACACUCCGGGCUGUGUUCCGGAACCAUAACGCGACUCUUUGGAUACUCUGCAUGUACUCAUGGAGGAUGGUGCCGCAGAGAGUAAGACGGGUUCUUCCUCGGUUUCUUCCUCCGAGGCUCCGAGGACCCCGAACACGGAGCUGAAGAAACUUCUGCUGUUCAAGGUCUACAAGAGGAGGUGGUUCGUCCUGCUCGUUCUGUGUCUGUUGAACUGCUCCAACGCCACGUUAUGGCUGACCUUUGCACCAGUAGCGGACCGGUCUGCCAAGUUCCUGGGGGUCAGUCUGGAGAAGAUCAACUGGUUGUCAGUGGUCUACAUGGUGGUGGCCAUACCGCUCAGCUUUGGGUCCACGUGGAUGCUGGACACCCUCGGGCUGCGGACCACGCUGAUUUUGGGGGCGUGGCUGAACAUGUUCGGGGCCCUGCUGCGCUUCAUCGGGGCGUCCGUGUACCCGGAGGGCCCGGGAUUCACAGCCAAGUACCUGUUGGUGAUGUCGGGUCAGACCCUCGGGGCCAUGGCUCAGCCCCUCUUCAUUUUCACCCCCACCAAGGUGGCGGCUCACUGGUUCCCUGACCACCAGCGCGCCACCGCAAACAUGAUCGCCUCCAUGUCCAACCCUGUGGGCAUACUACUCGCCAGCCUCCUGUCUCCGAUGAUUGCUCAAACACCGGCGCUUAUCCCCGAGCUGCUGCUCGUCUACGCGGUGCCGGCAUGCAUCGUCUGUUUCCUAGCAACGCUGGGGAUACGGAGCAGCUCACCCCCCACGCCGCCGUCGGCCAGCGCCGUGUCCUCCAGCUCUGAGCCGUACCUGCAGGGGAUCAAACUGCUGCUGACGAACAGAGCCUACCUCGUGCUGAUGCUGUGCUUCGGUUCGGGCGUCGCGGUGUUCACCUGCUUCUCCACGCUGCUGGAACAGAUCCUGUGUGUGCAAGGGUACACCAACAUCUUCGCUGGCCUUUGCAACGCCCUCUCCAUCGUGUUUGGCAUCGUGGGUGCCGCCAUCCUCGGCGUCUACGUCGACAAGACCAGGAAGUUCAUCGAGGCCAUGAAGGUCAACAUGAGCUUCACCGCCCUGUCGUGCAUCGCCUUCUCAGUGGUUUUUCUGCUGCAGCACCAGAGAACUGCCGUAGCUGUCGUCUGCUCCCUUUUUGGUUUUUUCGGGUUCUCCAUAUACCCGGUAGCUAUGGAGCUGUCGGUGGAGUGUUCGUAUCCCGUUGGGGAAGCAACGUCAGCCGGACUUCUCUUUGUAUCGGGACAGAUUCAGUCCGUCCUCUUCAUCGUCCUCCUUCAGUCUCUCACUAAACGCCUCGCGGACUCUCCGCUGUCGACCUGCGGGGACAUCGUCCUGAGCUGGAAGGUGCCGCUGAUGUUGAUGGCCGGGCUGUGCACCUUCUUCUGCUGCACCUUCGUAAUCUUCUUCAACACUCGAUACCGGCGGCUGGAGGCCGAGGAGCAGGCGGUGUACGGGACCAAACCGAGAGCCGCCUCGACGGGCUCCAAGGACGCUCCGAGAUCCGAGGACGCACCGGGCUCCGGGGACGCUCCGAGAUCCGAGGACUCUCUGGGCUCCGAGGACGCUCCGGGCUCCAAGGACGCUCCGAGAUCCGAGGAUGCUCCGGGAUCCGAGGACGCUCCGGGCUCCGAGGACGCUCCGAGCCCCAAGGACGCUCAGAGCUCCGAGGACGCUCAGAGCCCCAAGAACGCUCCGGGCUCCGUGGACGCUCCGAGCCCCAAGAACGCUCUGAGCCCCGUGGACGCUCAGAGCCCCAAGGAUGCUCCGAGCCCCGAGGACGCUCAGAGCUCCGAGGACUCUCCGGGUUCCGAGGACGCUCCGAGCUCCGAGGACGCUCAGAGCUCCGAGGACGCUCCGGGUUCCGACGACUCUCUGGGCUCCGAGGACGCUCCGAGCUCCGGGGCCGCGUGUAACGCGUAAGACGAGAGCGACGGAGGGAAUUAUGGGAUAGAUCACACCUGCAGUUUGAUUUCUGUGGUACGAAGGAAGUUUUAUUGGUGACCUCGGAUUCAGAAGUUUUUUUCUUUUUAAUCGAGACAUUCCUGUUUUGCACGGCACUGGGGCCACGUGCAAUAACAGAUUAAUUAUGUUGCUUGUAAUGUCAAUGAAAUCCUCUGAAUGUUACAGAAAGGUGCAUCGAUAAACUCAGCAGAUUUUAUUGAAAUAUUUGAGACUUUUUACGCAAAAAAAAGAAGUUGCAUCUAACAAUUGCUUCUAUAAAUAUCCCAGUUAGAUGGAAAAUAGUCUGAAUUGAAAAUUUUCUACACCGAUCAUGUUUUGAUUGUAUUAAUAGGAAAAUGAAGGCAAACCGAAAUGCACAUUUCACUCCACUUCUGAGCUGCUCUCAAACACACCGUCGUGUGGCUGCGUUGCGUUCAGGUGCAGAGAACAACCGUGGACUCAGUUUGACUCAUGGACGGUCAAACAGAAUCCUGAUGUUUACAUUCUGGAUCAUUGGAUUUGAUGCAUUGCCACGUUUGUAUUGUACUAAAACCACUAUGAAAGGUUUAUGACACGCUAUGAAAACAAUGCAGUAACUUUACAGUCUGCAGGUUCUCUGAGAGCUGAAUGUAUUGAUCUGUGAUGACACAUGUUUUAAUGAGCACAUAAACCAAAACAGAAUGUCAUUGGGGUUUUUUAUUGAGACAAAAAACCAACCCCUCAAUACAGCAUAUAACUACUUAUUAAUUACAUGUGUAUAAAAUGCUUCUGGUUUAAGGACGGCAGACAAACCAUUUAAAGGACGUGGAAGCCUUCCAGGCUUUAUAGAGACGGGGGUGUAUUUUGUGCAAUAAAGGGAAUAAAUACGG